CAACACAUUUCACAGGCUGCACAGAAUUCCUAUUGGCUGGACAUUAUGGCUGUGCUGAAGAUCUCCUCCCUACUUGCAGCCUUUGCCUUGGUGGUCUGCCAAAUGCAUAGCUCACAAGCAGCCCCAGUCAGACCCGGGCUGGAGUCAGUGCCAGAGAGGGUGGCUGUUGGUGAUUAUGAAGCCAGGAGAUUACUGAAUGCAUUGGUCAAAGAGUUUGUACAGAUGACAGCGGAGGAGCUGGAACAGGCCAGCGAGGGCAACAGCCUGGAUAGACCCAUUUCCAAACGCUGCUCCAGCCUAAGCACAUGCGUGUUGGGGAAACUGUCUCAAGACCUGCACAAAUUGCAGACGUAUCCUCGUACUGAUGUCGGUGCCGGGACCCCUGGCAAGAAAAGAAGCGCGAUGGGUGACAUGGACAAUGAGCGUUACGCAAGCUACGGGGAGCAGUUUGAGAAUUAACCCCUCCAUCGCACCCCUCCCCUCCCCCCCCUAGGCAGGACCUGCGUGGUUUGCAUUAAGUUGCAUGAUGACCUGAUUGCUUUUUUGACUUGUGUCUCGAUUCAGCACCAUGGACAGGGACUUCUGACUCCGAUCUCAGAGCGCACAAGUAACACACAACCGCACACAGCCACUGCAACACACAACCUCUGAUACCUAAUAUCUAUACAUUAUACUAUAGACCAGAAUAAGACGACGGGAUGGGGAGAUCACAAAAAAAUAAUAAUUCUGAUUUCAAAAUGAUUCUUCACAUUUUUAUCAUGAAUUACGAAAAAACAUCGCUGGCAACACUGUGUAUAAAUAAACUCAUCUUUCAUGCCGAAACCAUGCACUUAAUUAAUAAACCUAUUUUUCUACAAGGAUAA